UUAAUGUCCCGACGCCUUGGUUACAAAUGCAAUCAGAGUUUAAUGCGGGCAGUUUACAAACACGGAUACAAACAUCUACGACUCUUAUUACUGACAGAGCCAUGGCUUUUUAAACAUGGCCUCCAGCAUGGGGACUCCCAGGCAGCGCCUGGUCGUGCGCAGGACAGCCGAAAGCGACAUGUUCGAGGCGGUUCUAGCCGGGGACCUGUUCUUUCUCCAGUACACUUUGAAGAACGUCACAUCCAUCACAGUGAUGGACAAACAAGGCUACACCGUGCUGCACCUGGCUGCGUUGCAGGCCUCGCUGGACUGCAUGAAGCUGCUCGUGGAGCAGCAGCACAUGGACGUGAACAUCCUCGGUGCCGCAGGGAGGAGACCCAUCCACCUGGUUAUCAGCAAGAAGAACGGGGUCCGCGCUCUCCACUGCCUGAAGUACCUGAUCCAGCAUGGAGCCUGGGUCAAUGUUGAGAACCAAGAGCGCGAGACGCCCCUGCACAAGGCUGCCUGCGAAGGGAUGCUGGAUUGUGUCACCCUGCUGGUGGAUUCAGGGGCCGACCCCAGAGCCCAGGACUGCCGAGGGAACACGCCGCUCUCCAACACCAAGCUCUGGGGGCACCAGGACUGUGGCAGGUACCUGAAGGACGUCAUGUGGAAGAAAGACAAGGCGGAACAGGCUCAAGAGCUCAUCAACCUCAAGCACCUCAAAUGCAAGAUUCUGAAAUGUGAAAUAGACAAAACGGAGGAAUUCACAAAGAAAAAAGAACAAGUCAACCAGUUGAAGUUUGAGAGCUGGAUCGACCAGAAGGGCUUUUCAGACAAGCUGAAAACCGUCAAGGUCCCUGGAACUAGAACCCCCCACAGUCCCCACUCCCUCGCUAAAGGGUUGAAGGGCACAAUUCCCGCUGGAGAGCUGCCUGGGAGUGCUGCUGGAAAGGGGUCCUGGAAGAAAACUACCAGCAUGAAGAAGCCCGAAGCAGAUAAAAAGGCAAAACAGAUGGGACACCCAGCGGAAAAAGUACAGCAGGUAGAACCUGAGGCCACAGCAGGGAACGUGCCCUCCAUGGCCCCCAAAGAGCCCUGGAACCUCAGCACCAAUCCUGCCAGCCCACUUGUCACAGAGAUCAGCCGCCCCCCUGGGGUCAGACUGGGCACACACCCUGAGGAGAGCCCGGGGCAGCACGACUUCAGGGAGUUCCUGUGCCUCUCGCAGGGGAGCGACGGCCAUGUGCAGAUCCACACCUUCCGAGGAGACAAUGUCUUGCCUGCGCCCAGACUGCCCCUGGAGGUGCUGAAGAAGAGCCUUUUCCCCGGUGACCACCUCGGCAGGAUCCAGGUCCCACAGGAUUUCCACUCGAGAUAUAUCCUGGACCUCCAGAGGAGACGUCCCCCUAGCCAGGAGCAGGUGUGGUCAGAGAUGGCAAUGCACCUCUCUGAAACGCUGGAGCCCAGAAGGUACUAGCCCUACGCAGACCCCUGUAUCCCUCCAUCCAUCUACUACAAUUCUGGCUUUUCCAUUCCUGAUGCCGUUCAUACACAGCAAGGUGGUAUUCUGUGCAGUAAAAACCUCUAUAAUCCCAAGUGUGAAAAUGUUUACAUGACUUUCCAAAAGAAUAUACAUUUAGCCUAUUUACCUGUAGAUAGAACACAUAACAGUACUGCACGGUUCUGUAAACAGCACAUACUGAGGGCUGGUUAGCAUGUUUUCUGUGACAACAGGGCAGAAAAGCACAGCAUGCAACAAGGCAGGUUACCAAGGGGCUGUUUUGAUAACAGAGGGGUUCAGAUAACCAAGGUUUUACUUUAUGUGAUCAUUCUAAUUCUAACAAUUAUAAUUAUGCAUGAUACGAAUAAGAAUUCACAGUUCCACAGAAUAGUGGGACUUCAGUUCCUACCAGCAUACUCUUCUCCUGUACUAGCAAGACCCCAAACACCUGCUGAGAUGCUUUGCUUCCGUUUCUGUUGCUCGCUGAGGCACAGCCUCAAUGCUUUCUAUGUUCAGAAUCACUAACCUUGUCAAUCCUAAUAAAAACAGACUUGCACUGAAAA